CUUUGAUCCUUGGAAAAUACUAGAUAAUAUGCAUGCUCUCCGCUUUCGCUCCAUCCUUGCACACCCUACUUCCGUCACGAGACUCCCGCCAGCAGCAGCAGUGCAUCGUCAAUUCACCUUGUUGACUGCGAGGCACAUCAGCAACAACAGCAGCAGCAACAACAACAACAGCAGCAGCAGCAGUGCAAAUGACGACGAGCUCCAGGCGGCACGCACAUGGCUUGCGAAGCUGCAUGCAGAGGCGAUCCCUCUCAAAAGCAUCGGCGAAUUGAGCUUCAGCAGGUCGUCCGGCCCUGGCGGACAGAAUGUGAACAAAGUCAAUUCUAAAGCUACUUUGAGAGUGCCCCUGGAUGCGUUGCUGCACCAUGUCCCCACUGCUCUCCAUGGCCACAUUAAGCGAUGCCGUUAUGCAGCCGCCAAGUCCAACACGCUCCUAGUCCAAGCCGACGACAGUCGAAAACAGAGCGACAAUGCCCACAGCUGCUACAAGCGUUUAUAUGAAGCAAUCGUCGAAGCGGGGCACAACGCAGUGCCGGCCCAAACAUCCGCGGAGCAGGUGCAGCGAGUCAAAGACUUACAAAAGUCGGACAACGAGCGCCGCCUAAAGACCAAGAAGCAGCAAAGUGCUAAGAAGACGUCAAGAAGAGGCCGGGGUGAUGAUUGAUUCAUGAUUCAAAGGCAGCGCUCUGCGACACCGGUUGCUACCACAGUAGCAUCGCUUCGCUUGGCCGUCCAGGUGACGUGGUCCGACUCGGCCUCAUAGCACACAUGUCAC